GCGUAAUUCUAAGCGAUAGUCGCUGUUAUACAGUUACCAAUCAAGCUGUUGUAACGAGUUAUUUGUAUUAGAUUACGGAAUGUAUGAUGUUGCGAGUACAGAUUGAUUUAAGGUCGAUACUUUGCUUGGGCAGUGUCAUUUUUGAUUUGGGAUUUAAAUUGCAGCAUACAGCACUCGUGAAAGCACGGGGUAAAAUGUGUUGUAAAAACCAUUUGUGAGAUUACUUUAAUAAUUACGAUGUGUGCUGUGUUAAUUAAUGUGUCUGUGCCCAGCAUUAUUAUAUAAGAUAUUUUUGUCCAUAGACGUGCUCUUAACUGCGUCACUCACUGGUGUUUGCAAAGGAUGUGUGCAGGUACAAGCAUUUUAAGUGCUAGACUAGUUGGCUUGUUGUUUUUAUGUCGGACCAAUAAUAAACCAGCAAUGGAAACAAAUUGUGUCUAAACUGUAUUUUCCCACAAAUAGGCCAGCAAAGGCAAAAUGACUGUAAAUAAGUUAUAGACUCACUUCGACAGACAAUUUUAAUUCUUGUACUGACGAUCUGUACCAGAUAGCUGGGAAAGAAUGUGACACUUGAACCAAUUGUGUAUGUCCUCAACCUCAAAAAAGGCCAUCACUCAUAUAUUCCAUAAAUUUGCAGAACUUUCAAAUAUGUUGGAGUGCUUGCAGUUCUUCAUAGAACCAGCAAAGAACUUGAAGACAGUCUUGAAGGAGAAUGUUAGAAAGGUUUCACCGCGUGAGAAGAGGGAUGACCGGGUCCUGGAGGAGUGCCAGCUCUUCAUCAUGGAGCUGGCCAGAGAGCUCAACAGAGUGUGUGAGAACUCAGACAUACUGAUCGGAGUUUGGAUGAGUGAAGACACCUGGAGCCCUGAGGAGUGUCGUUGUUUUAUUGUGGAAUGGGCAGCACAGCUGGAGUCAAAGGAAAGGCUUCAACAGAGCCACGGUUGGCCGGAGAAAGUGGGUAUCUCUGGACGAGCUGUGGAAAAGUUGAGAGAGGGGGAUGAGCGAGUUGUGGAGGAUGGUCAGCGCAUCAUUGCUGAUUGGGCAAGAGGGCUGAAGAGCAAGUCUCAGCGCUGCGUGAGUCCUGGAGAGAGUGUGGCCCUGGUGCUGGAGGACCUGGAGAUGCAGUGGAAGCGUGGGCGCCUCCCCAACCUCAUCCCUGCCAUGGAGUUCAUCAUGUGGGUCCUGCUCGUGGAGGACAUGGACAAGGGAACUAUUCCACAGCUUUGGCUUUCUACAAAGCAAAGAUCCCAGAAAAGUGAUGCUGCAAAUUACAUCCCUAACACAGUCUGGAAGUGGAUCAGUAGUGCAUCAGAUGAUGUGACUUUGGACCCUGAUACAGCAAACCCUGAUCUUAUCCUAUCUGAGGAUGAGAAACGAAUGAGAUGUGGAUACGAACGUCAGGACCUCCCAAACUAUCCAAAGAGAUUUGAUGGCUGGUGGUGUGCUCUAGGCAGGGAGGGGUUCACCUCAGGAAGACACUAUUGGGAGGUAGAGGUGGGGGGCUUGAGAGACUGGAGACUAGGAGUUACUAGAGAGUCUGCGCAGAAGAAAGGGUACAAGUCAUUAAACACAGAGUCAGGUUUCUGGACUCUGAGGCUGGAGAGGGGCAGUGAGCUCAAAGCUCUUGCUGUCCCCUACAUGCCUCUCCCUGCAAGCCUCAUUUCCCAGAAGGUGGGUGUGUAUCUGGAUUUUGAGGAAGGGCAGCUGUCAUUUUACAAUGUGGAGAGGAGAUCUCAUAUCUACACUUUUAGCGACACCUUUAAUGAGAAGCUUUAUCCACUGUUUGGCACUGUAGACGUUGCUAAAGAUCUGGUAAUAAAGUCUUAUAUUAACUUUGCAGAACACUACUAUUGUACAGGGCGGUGUUUGUGGUGUUGAGGCUUACUGGUAGGAUAAAGAAAAUGCAGCAACAUUUCCACACUGUCCAACAUAAACAAAACAAAAGAAGAGUAGAAAAAAGCACACUGUAAAAACUAGCUUUGGUUUAAUGAACAGUGUCAAAUUGCUGCUUCCAUGAUUGUUUAACACGUAGUAGUUUAAUGUAUUUAUAUUGUUAAGGCCAGGUUUAAGAUGCCAGGAAAAUAAUUGUAUAUUACUGCUUGUAUCCUGAAUGUAUAUCUGUAUUAAUGAUGUAAUUUGUAAUCGAUACAUAAU